AUGGCACUACAAUUUGAAAGACGAAACCUGUAUGGCGGGGCGAUUACUGUCGAUUUUCCUUCAGACGUGAUUGACACCAGUGGCCUUCGAGAGGUGCCCGAUCACCAAGAGGUUUUUCUGCGCCAGAGCACAUUGACUUCCAUCAUUUUCGAGAUCAAUCAAUUUCAGACACCAGCGGACGUUCUCUCAAACAGUGUCGAGGUUUCGGACCUAGAUGGCGCCUCGGACAAUACACCUUCUCCUCGCAUACCAGUGGCCGAUGCAGCAGCAGCCAGCCACCACUUAAGGGACACGAUUCCACCAGAAGAUCGAAUCUCCGACGCUGGAAUCGAGACUACUGCCAUCAAGUUGUCGCGAGCCUCCAUCUCAAAUUUCCCAGCCUACCUCAGCACCGCUACAAUUAUAGAGCCUGAGAUAGAUCGCUCUGCGAAAUCCGCACUUCCCCUCAGCUGGCAGGCACAACCAGUCCAGAAAGAAAACGAGACCAAAACCCAGCAGCUACUUGUCAGACUUGGAGAAUACGGUACUGACUUGUGUGUUCGUAUCAAUAUUCCGAUGAAAGAAUUCAGCGGCAAUCAGAGCGAAGCUGCUUUGACCGAGCUAGCAGUCGCCGACAAUAUCAUGCAGAAGAUUAUGGAGACUCUCAGUGUUGAGGAUUUCAGUCUCUUCGCAGGUGGAGAAUGA